AUGUCCAUCACGUUGUACGAUGAACAGUCAAACCCGAGCAAGUUUGCAGGGUCAAAACCGAAUCUAAAGGAACUAGGUAAUUACAAAACAGCCGAUGUUACAGCAGGAAUCUGGAUCUUCUACACUGACAUAAACUACAAUAAAGAAGGAAAUAAAGAGGGCAAGAAUCAGACUUUCAAGAGAGUAGAACAAAGUUGUGGUCUUGAUCCCGUUCAAAUAGAUUCAGUUAAUGGCUCCAUGUUCUUGGUAGACGGAGGACUCAUUUUGUUUGAACACUUUUUCUUUGGUGGAGACAGGAAGGUACUACGAAUAUAA